GAAAACACAAAGGAUGUGCUUGCCAAUAACAUAGGAACCGGUUUCAUCUCUGUAGGAUCUGUGACAUGUCCAAACUUGGGAUCGCGAAUUGACCUGUGUACGUGACAUUGCUUUACAGGUUAAUAUUCAAGGGCCUUUGUGAUAUCGCCAGGAGUUCUCAGUGGUGCGUUUUAUUAAACUCUGGCUGAUGUGGCCGUCUUUGUAGGGUGUCUGAUAUUUGUAAUAAAUCUAAUAGCACGGUCAUCUAUCAUCAGACGGGUGUUCUUGAGACUACAAUCAAGGAGAUCAUCAAACGGAUUAUUCAUAAUAUAUUGAGCUGUCGACAUACCAGAUAUCUCCUGCUAAAAUGGCGGACCCUUUGCAGAUGAUUCUCUUCGGUAACAAUGCCAUAGAAGUAGCAUUCAGUGACACUACUAAACUUCAAAUUUCUGCCUGUGGGACAACCUUUGUUCAUGACAGCCCAACUACAAAAGAUGCUCAUCCACUUCAUGGAAUGUCACGAAUUACUCAGCGCACCCAGUACACAACUAGUGAGUUCCAUGACAAGGUCACUAAGGCUUUAGAGUUCAGGAAUCUCUUUGCUGAACGCCCAUUUCUAUGUCAAGAGAGGAUACCUGAGGAUCUUAUUGAGACUCUUUAUGAUGACAUCAAAGAAGUCAGGUGGCCUGCCACUCUCGAGAAUGCCUCAACCUGCAUCCGAAAAUAUGACAAGUCGUCAGUUAGAAUCACCUCCCUUGAUGGCCACGCCCAUGUGACGCUCUCGCCCCACUCCAAGGACUUCACUGUCCAAUACCGGGCCAAGCUGAGUCAGCCACUGUGCAGGGAGAAAAACCAAAUAAGGUUGAGGAAUAGGACUAGGAGAGGUGUUGAUGACACCUCUGAUGACGGUGAUGCCAAGGGCGAAAAUCAGAAGAUACCAGAACAGAAAGUGAGAUGGAGCUACACAUGGUCCAUCCAGUAUCACUCUGUAGCCUCCUGCCCAGAAUGCUGGCAGCAUCCACUGGAUCUAUUAUUAGAGCACCGUAAGCAAAAGAUGCAAGAUUUCGACGGUGAGGAAAACAAAGAGAAUAGUGGGAACGUAUUAGGUGAAAAUCAAGACGACGUAUUGGAUAAAAAUUGGGAAGGAAAUGUCGAAAAGGCAGACGGAGAUGAAGAUGUUCACAAAAAUGAAGGAAAUGGGAAGCAGACGAUUGAGGAAAAUGGAGAAACUGAAAAUUUUCCCGAUCGUGCACCAAGUGAGAUGACGUCAGAUUCUGGGAUUGAUGGGGAGGAGAUGGAGUCGGUCAUGUCAACGCUACCGGUUGCAUUGCCGCUGCAGUGCAGCCGUCAUCAUCUGCAUCGAUGGCGGAAACCGGAUGGUUCCAAGGAUUACGAUACUGACGCGGAGGCGUGUUGUUUUUAUGGGAGAGUGCGGGUCAUCUGUUCUGAGGGUGUCAUAUACAGGCUUGCCUACACUGGUUCACGUCUGCUAGAAAUCUAUCCAGGAGAUGGCACCAUCAUUCUGUCAAAGUCGUUCAAUUCUGACUUCUUCAUACAUCACAUUACAAAAGCUGAUCAGAUUGAAGAGCGGACAUACUCCAUUAGGAACCCACCACCCAACAGCUGUAACUUCGCCUAUCCAGUACAGAAGUUGAUCAAACGUGGCUAUCGCAUCAUGAGAUGCGUGACAGAGGCAGCAAAUGCUAGGACUAGACCAGAGGAUCCACCUUGUUGGCUGGACCAAGACGACAUUGUCAAACCUGCACCAACUGUCUUAGAAUCAGAGCAAGUUGUCCCAGGCAUUGGAAAAUUUACCGCAUACUCCAAUGGCCGGAUACGAAUUGUCUUCACAGACCGAGCCUCAUUGGAUAUGACAUGUGGACUGGAGCGUGGUAGAAAACAGGUUGCCUUACUUGGGAAGAAGUUUGAUGUGAAACAGAUCAUGUCAUCGUUGUGUCGUAUGUUCAUGCCGACCGGACACUAUCUCCAGGUUCAAAUCCAUGAUCCUGGCGACUGCAGCAAAUACAUUGACUAUGCAAAGGAUUGGGCGGAAUGGUUGAUCACACCUGGAGACAGACGUGCCCCAGUGUUUGGAGAGGACUUGGACGGAACAACCAGAAAAAUGUCGGUCCAGCAGGAACUUCAGAAGAUCAAGUGUUUCAAUUAUAUUCUUGACAAUGUUGUGCUCAAUAGUCCGGAACCAGAUGCGCACGGCGGUUCAGUAGAGAUCCUCACACCAUCCCGGGGAGAUCAGCAUCCCGAGCUAACUGAUCAAAUGUCCCCAAUGUCCAUGGCAGCUAUUCAAGAAAUCCUCAAGAAGACCUCACAAACCAUCAGUGACAUUGACAAUUUCUGUGUUGGAGCUAAGAAAACAUGACAUGGCUGUGGCUAUUUUUUUCAUGCAUGUAUACAUGUACAUGUACACAUCCAUGUACUGUACAUACACAUGUAUUGUACUGUGUAUAAAGCUCUUGGAGUGGAUUGCGUCAGCAUCCAUUCUGGUCCAAAUGAAGAUGAUUGUCAAUGCCUCUUCAAGCAUGUUUGAAGGCCUAUAGCCAAGGCCGACAUCAUAAUUCAGGAUAUUUGGAAAACUGGAAAUAAUGUUAUUUUCAUAACAUGUAUUAUACUGUGUUUCUCUACUGUACGUAUUGAUUACAAUGACUGCAUAUAUAAUGCUCUCGUGAUGCUGGCAUCACACAUAUAUAAAAUAAAAUAAUAUUUGGUUG